AUGAAGAAGGUGAAUGAGGAGGGCAAGAUUGGCAGGAAGUUGUCAGAUCAUAAGUUAAAUCGGCGCUCGGAUGCAGAGUGGCUCCACCUUAAGCCGCUCAAUGAAGACCCCGACAGCACAGCUGUCUCCUGCGACAACAGCCACAACGACACGCAGCUCACCGAGCUCCAGACGCCCGACUCUCCCACCAACAAGACGCCGCUGGCACCCGCAAACCUCGGUCAGUCCCCCGCCAAGGAGAAUGGACGUAAAACCAAGAAGCACUCGCACGGACACGGUCACUCUCAUGGAGGAAACUGCCACUCGGAUCAGGAGAUGAAGGACGCUGGGAUAGCCAGCAUUGCCUGGAUGGUCAUCAUGGGAGACGGCAUGCACAAUUUCAGCGAUGGCCUCGCCAUAGGCGCUGCGUUCAGUGCAAACCUGACAGGUGGCAUCAGCACAUCAGUGGCUGUUUUCUGCCACGAAUUACCUCAUGAACUCGGUACGUGCACUAAGACACUGUGAAGGGGGGAUAAAAUAAAUAAAA